ACGUGCCUAGAUAUGAUGAUCUUUUACAAUAAAAGCUUACUCAAUCACUACAAGGCCCAAAGGCGAACUAGGACAAAGGAGAACGGACCAGCGAAGGAAACCACCAGUUUUAAACGAGGGGAUCUGGCUCAAAAUGUUGAAGAUUUUAGCGGUUGUAUUGAGUUUGAGUGUUGCAUGUACGCAAGGACACGGCAACGGACAUGGUCACGACCAUCACGGGGACCAUAGACACACACACAACGAUAACCAUGAUCACAGCACUGAUAGCUUUAAGAUAACAACCAUUAAGGUGGAACCAUACUACAAUGGUAACCAGGGAUACAUAGUGGAUCUGAUCAAAGAACUACAACACGUUAUGGGGAACUUUACGUAUCAGCUGAAUGAGGUGGCAGAUGGGAUGUAUGGAUCAAAGAUCGGUCGUAGGUGGCGCGGGAUGAUAGGGGAGGUCAUUUCAGCGGAUGCGGACUUUGCCGCCGCACCGCUCUACAUCACGUCACGUCGUGCCAGGGUUGUCGAUUUCACGGUCCCCUUCAUGAAGUUCGGACUUGCGGUUCUCGUUAAGAAGCCUCAAAAUGGACAGUUGCAAAUCACGUCUCUUUCUGCCUUAGUACGCCAAACAACCGUCGCUUAUGGUACACUACGAGGAGGCAGUUUACCUCGCUAUCUUGCCAGAUCAAGAAACAGCGAUGUUCGUAAGAUGUACCGUUGGAUGCGGCUGAAUUCUAACAGAGCAUAUGUGGACAACGUCGAGGAAGGCGUCCGUCGCGUCAUGGAAGGAAACUACGCAUUUGUUCUGGAGGAACCAUUUGUUGAAUAUCUCGCUCACAAGACCCCGUGCCUCAUGGCUGACUUUUCAUUCCCUGCGGAUUCUGGUAUAGAAAUCAAGUUUGGCCUUGCGUUUAAGAAGGGUAAUUCACACUUCGCUCACUUCAACGACGCAUUGAAGAUGUUGAAAUCGAGUGGUGAGUUGGGACAUCUUCAUCACAAGUGGUUCCAUUCUGGGUGUGAUAGUCAUAGUCACAGUCAUCACCCUGGCAACGCACACGACCAUGACGAUCACCAUCAACACUAAGACACAGAUCCUAUUAACAUUUCAUUUGUGCACUCUCUUUUUUGACCCAGCCUAUAUACUAGAACAAUAUCAGGUCAUUUAUGAUGCCGUUACCGGUGAUAUUAGUCUUGCUUCAAGACCCUGGACUACCUACUCUAGCAACUGUUAGAGUAGAAGACCCUGGACUAUACCUACUCUAACAACUGUUAGAGUAGAAAGUCCAGGGUCUUGAACCAAGACUACGGUGAUACCGCUCUUAUUGCUCGUGAUACUGUGUUCUACAUUUUUAGAAGGGAAUUCUCGUCUGUUGGGACCCCUGAAAUUAUGCUGACGCCGGCAUGCAGUGACAUUACGUCACUAACUAUUUGUUUGGAUGGACAACACGCAUUAUACGGGUAAAAUGAAUUUGGGAAUUUCUGCAUUUUAUACCUUGAUAUCGUUGUAUCUUUGAUAUAAUAUGUCAAUUCUUUUUGGAAAAGUAAAAUAUGAAUUGCCAAUUGGCAUGCUAUCUCAUUUGCUGUAUCUUCAGUGUAUAAAAAAUAUAUGUACAUGUAUAUAAAAUUGAAACAUUUUUAAUUAUAUUCUUCUGUUUCUUCAUUGCUUUCUAUGCCACUACCAAAAGUAUUGAUAAUGCACAAGUCAUCAUAGAGUGGCGAUAUUACAACAGUCGCCAAAGUCUUGGUAUUAUCAAUAGUGUUGGUAUUGGGUAUUAGGGAGGUUAA